CCUUCAUUCCUGGCUCUCCUCCCUCCCUCCCUCCGUUGCUGUUGCUGUUGUUUCGCCCUUCCCCCACCCUCCUCUCCUCUUCCCCCCUCCCUUCUAAUUCCGUGGCCCCUGACUCCUGCUAUACUCCUCGUCUCUUCUCCUCCUCCUCUGAAAUCCUGUUUCUUAGUGAUCGUCUGCCUGAUUACAUUGUGCGAGACGACUUUGUUGUUGUUUUUGUUUUUGUUUUUUGUAUUUUUAUAUCCACUUUUUUGGCGUAGUACAUUUUCUCUUAGGUUUCGCAAGGCCAAGGGGUUUCGGGAGUCAUUUGAGAGGUGCGGUCGUGGAGGAGUGGAGAGAUUGAGUGUGCGGUUUUCAUUUCAAGUAUGCGUGGAAUUUUUUUGAUGUUCUCUGUAAUGGUUUUGAGACGAGAUUAGGGUUGGGGGAGAGACCCUUUGGAGGGAUGGGGAUUAGGGUUGAAAAUCAUGCGAUUUGUAGGGGGCUUGCGCUUUAUCUGUGUUUUCUCAUGAGAGGAAUGAUCGUGUUUUGAGCGAAUUCGAGCGUAUUUACAUAAGCGUGUGAGGCACAGCUUGUUGCGUCUAAGUGUUUGGGCGAGGCGUGGUUUGUUUUGAUAAUAAUUUAAACAAUAUUCAAUUUUGAAAGUAAAAUUAUUGUUGGUGUUAUCGUUACCAUUAUUAUUGUCCUCUGUAUAGUCUCUGUAGCUCUAGGAUUGGCCCUGUCGGUAUUUUCAUCGCAGUGAGGCAGUCGAGCUACUCGAGCUGGAGGUAGCUCAGACCGUGCAGGUGCAUUUGAAGUAGAUUGCGUCUGAUGAUGUGCCCCAAGGCCUGGGCCGGGGCAUCAUGGGAAGUACAGAGGAGCCUGAACGCAAGCGGCGCCACAAUAAUCUCCACCAUCCCCUGUCUGCGUCCCCGCCCCUUAAGAAGCCGGCUAUUACUUCCGCCUCGGACGAUAAGAAGGUGGAACCAGUGACGCCCCAGUACCAGAAUCAAAAGUUGGCUCAGCUACUGGACCAUCAGCGUUCAGAGAUCAGUACUCUAGAGAGUAGAUGUGCUGAGUUCAAGAGCAAGCAAGCCUCUUAUGAUAACACACUCAUCGCAGUGAAUCGCAAAUGGAAUCUGCUAGUGGACGAUUUGGAGUUCCUUGCAGUGCGCGCAAAUACCCCCACGAGUGGUCUAGAAGUGCUGGAGCCCUUGUCGGUAGCCAAUGAGAGGAAAAUUUCAGCUGCUCCGCCUGAAGAGACAUUUCUGCAGAGGCUCUUGGAAACGGGAGCUACUGAAAGUAGCAACAAUGAAGAAAGUAGCAAUGGGUCAGUAGUAGAGGCUGGGCUGGUUUCUAGAAAGGCUAAGACGAUGAAGACGAUGAAGUAUCUGCUUCAAGCUAUUGACCUUCAACGAGCGAAGAAUGAUAAACUUGAAACGUCAUUGCGAGAUAUUGUUCAUCCUCAUGAUGCUGGACAAUUGCUGGAGGAAAAAAAUGAGGAUUUACGUACAGAAAUAACUACGAUUCGAGGGGUCUUGGAAGCGUUGCAUCUGAAACACAAUGAAAUGUUAGCUGAAAUUGGAACUGCUCGCGACCUUAAAACAAAGGAUCAAUCCAAGAUCAAGUGUCUAUCGGGUGAGCUAGAGGAGACUGCUAGUGAGCUGGAAUUGUGUAGACGGAAGCUAGCAACACUCAAAAGUCAGAAGGAAGCUGCAGCUGUUGGUAUGCCUACAAUAGCUUCUGUUCAACUGAGUGCUAAGAUUGAGGGUGGGGAUCGAGUUUCAGGCGCUGAGAAGCUUUCAAGAGAAGCUCGUGAACUGGAAGCUGCAUUAGAAGAAAUGAAGACAUUGGCGUCGAAACGACUUACUGAGCUCCAAGAAACACUGCAAACCCAGUUGAACCUCUCCCAGCGAAUGCAGCAAAUGCAGGAUGCCCUACUUGAUGAACAGAGAAUCUUGUCAUCUCGUCCAUAUCUAGUACUCGACGAUCAAGCUCAGUUUCUAAAGAAUGAAGUCGAAAGAUAUCGAGGCCUAGUGGACAAGCUCCAGACUGAAUGUGAUUCAAUGUCUCGAAGAGAUAAGGAGAUCCUAUUGAAGGCUGAGGCUGGUGAAGCAGCCCAUCGGACAGGUGCUAUUUCUGAUGAUAGAGCUGCAGAGCUAGAAACCAAACUUCAAGAGUGCAUGGCUGAUCGAGACGCAUUGCAACUCAGAUUAGAGGAUGCCCUUCAAUCUGCAGGAAGGAAGGAUUCAGUACCUGAAUUGCAGGUGAUGAAGUACACACUUGAAAAAGAGAUGAGCAUGACGAAGGCACAACUGAGAAAACCCAAGGAUGCAGCUUGCGAAGUUGAGUUACUUGAAGCAAAGAUGCCCUCCCUUCGCGAAAUCCUUGAAAGAAAGGCAUUGGAAUGCAAAAAUCUUUCAAAUCGAUGUGUCGCCCAAGCUGCUGAGUUGACAUCAUUGAAAGCGAAGUUGGAAGGCUUGCGACAAAGUGAUCAAGGGCUGCAGCUUAUGUUGGAGAUGUAUGAGAAAGAGUCGAAGGAUCCAAGAACCAUCCUGAAGUUGCAGCAAGAUCAUAGUAAAACACUAGCGCAAAUCGAGCGUUUGAAGAGAGCACUUGAUGAGCAUAGCUUAGAGCUCCGGGUGAAAGCUGCCAAUGAAGCCGAGACUCUUUACCAGCAAAGACUAGCAGCUGCGGAGGCUGAGAUUGCUGAGUACCAUCUGAGGCUGGACGACUCAGAAAGGGUUGUCAUGGAACUUAAGGAGACGUUGAAAUCUAAGGAUGAAGAAGGUGACGCCUAUGUCAUUGUAAUAGAGACAUUUGGCCAAGCAUAUGAUGAGAUGCUGACACAAAACUCUCGGCUACUCCAUCAAAUCACUGAACGUGAUGAUUACAACACUCAGCUGGUGGCAGAGAGCCAGAAGGCUAAACAGCUACAAUCUUUCCUUGAAGCAGAGAAGAAAGUUCUGGCUAGUCGUGUGCAACAUGCAAUUGCUAGUGCUGACCCCCUUAAGCAGCAUGUAAAUCGAUUAGAAGAUCAGAUCAGAUCUUACUUGGAGCAAACAGGCAAGGUAAUGGAUGAUAGUAGACAACACAUAUUAGCCUUGGAAGCUUUGAAGCACAAGACGGUCGAAAUUGAGAAACAGCUCGUGUCAACAAAAGCAGCACUGGAAGCCGCAAAUAGAAGAAUUGAAGGUCGUGGUCAGAAACUUGUUGAGGCUCAACAGCAGCUCGAUAAAGAAAGAUUUGAGAAACGAAGGGUUCAGGAUGAGCUGGAGGCGUUGAAUAAUAAGGUGGCACGGCUGCGAUCACAUCAUGAGGGAGGCUCUGCAAUAGAACGGCUUCAGGAGGAGAUAAAAGAAUAUAAGGCCAUUCUAAAAUGUGGUGUCUGCCAUGAUCAUCCAAAAGAGGUUGUCAUCACAAAAUGCUUUCAUUUGUUUUGCGGCCACUGUAUCCAGAGGAACUUGGAGCUCAGGCAUCGCAAGUGUCCUGCUUGCGGGAUUCCAUUUGGUCAAAGUGAUGUUCGAAACGUUUACAUUUAGCAAGAUGCCAUCCUAUGGACGUGGGCGAUCAUAUCCCCCCUUCCCCUCCUGUACUGUGAAGAAGGGUGUCACAAGUGACAUUCACUUUUUAGGACCGAUUUGUAUACGCUGUCAGAUUAGGUGGAAUUUGAAAGAAUGCAUGCAUUCAUUACAAGGCCUGGUUCAUGUGGCCUGUGAAGUUGUCAUGUCGAUUUCUUUUUUCUCUUUUUUUCUGCUCCUUGGAAACUUAGUCGAUCUGUCGAAAUUGUACAAAAGUGAUAAUAUAAAUUUGUUGUGGUGGCUUUUAUUUUAGUAUAGAAGUCAAAACUGUAAUUUUUAAUCUAUUGUAGCUUACUCUCAACGCAUUUGUUUGGGUUAGAAAUGCAAUAUUGGGUCAUUGAUCAAA